AUGUGUUUUGGUACAAUUCCCUUCUCUUAUUCUGCUCCUAGUGCACGAGGUUUUUACGUUUCAGUUGAUGAUGAUGUCGCUUUCAAGGAUGACGAGGAAGUUGCCAUUCCUCGAGCCUCCUUGAACAAAUUCAUCAAAGACAUUCUACCGGAUGCGCGCCUGGCAAUAGAGACACGGGAGCUUCUUCUUAGUUGUUGCCACAAAUUCAUCCACCAGUUGUCAACUGAGGCCAACGCUGCCUGUGCACGCGCCAAUAAGAAGACAAUCAAUCCAGAACACAUACUCAGUGGGCUUGAUGCUAUGGGUCUUUCAAGCUACAAGGAGGAAGCCAGAGCCGCGAAUGAAGGAGCCAAAGUCGAACUCAAAGACCGCCGAAUGCUCAGCGCUAGUCAUCGUUUUAAGAAGCACGACAGCGAGGAGUUAAAACGGCUCAUGGAGGAACAGGAGCGGAUAUUCGAAUUGGCUCGCGUCGGGAUGAUGGAGAAGCAGGUAGACGAGAACGAUCUGAUCAAGGCGGCCGCAUCCACGAUGGCGACGUUGAGUGGCAGAGCCGGGUUGUCCGCGUCCGAGAAGUCGGCCCCCACGCGCGACGAGGGCAGAGCGACGGCGGGGCUAGCGGGCGACGCCGUGGCCGAACAGUCGGCCAUCCCCGGGUCCGCUGUUCUCCUUGGUGGCCUAAAUGCCCUUGGUGAGGAGGACAACUACGACUGA